CUCCUCCUCCCCCGUCCACCCCGUGACAGGCGCAUCUGCCAUCCCCCGAUUCGAUCCUCCCGGCCGCGCCCCGCCGCAACCCAUCCGUUGCCGCACCGCCGCCGCACCGCCGCCUGCGCCCUUGGGCGAGAGCUCCAUCACGCAGCCUCCCGACGCGGCUCGCCCGCCCGCCCCCGUCAGGUCGACGAUGGACGCAGCAGGCAGAGAUGCCAACCCGCUGGCCGGCUACCGGAUAGGCAAAACCCUCGGCAUCGGGUCCUUUGGUAAGGUGAAGAUCGCCGAGCAUAUAAUUACGGGCCACAAGGUCGCAAUCAAGAUCCUCAAUCGCCGUAAGAUCAAGAGCAUGGAGAUGGAAGAGAAAGUGAAAAGAGAAAUCAAGAUACUGAGGUUAUUUAUGCAUCCUCAUAUCAUACGACUUUAUGAGGUCAUAGAUACCCCAGCGGAUAUUUAUGUUGUUAUGGAGUAUGUUAAAUCUGGGGAGUUGUUUGAUUACAUUGUUGAGAAGGGAAGGUUACAAGAGGAAGAAGCUCGUCGCUUUUUCCAGCAAAUUAUAUCUGGUGUGGAAUAUUGCCAUAGAAAUAUGGUGGUUCACCGUGAUCUGAAGCCAGAGAACCUUCUGUUGGAUUCGAAAUGUAAUGUUAAGAUUGCAGAUUUUGGCUUAAGUAAUGUUAUGCGUGACGGCCACUUUCUGAAGACUAGUUGUGGUAGCCCAAAUUAUGCAGCACCCGAGGUGAUAUCAGGUAAACUGUACGCUGGCCCUGAAGUUGAUGUUUGGAGCUGUGGUGUUAUUCUGUAUGCCCUUCUUUGUGGCACUCUUCCAUUUGAUGAUGAGAACAUACCAAACCUUUUUAAGAAAAUAAAGGGGGGAAUAUACACCCUUCCUAGUCACUUGUCUCCUUUAGCAAGAGAUUUGAUCCCAAGAAUGCUGGUUGUUGAUCCUAUGAAGAGGAUUACCAUACGUGAAAUCCGUGAACAUUCAUGGUUCAAAGCUAGACUUCCACGCUAUUUGGCCGUGCCUCCUCCAGACACUGCACAACAAGUCAAAAAGCUUGACGAUGAAACUCUGAAUGAUGUUAUCAAAAUGGGAUUUGACAAGAAUCAGCUCACUGAAUCUCUUCAAAAGAGAUUGCAAAAUGAGGCGACAGUUGCAUAUUAUUUACUCCUGGACAAUAAGCUUCGUACAACCAGUGGCUACCUUGGAGCCGAGUAUCAAGAGUCAAUGGACUCAUCUUUCUCCCAAGUUUCACCUGAAACACCAAGUUCAGCAUCUGAAGCUCGGCAGUAUGGUUCUCCAGGGUUUGGCUUGAGGCACCAUUUUGCAGCUGAGAGGAAAUGGGCUCUUGGUCUUCAGUCUCGAGCACAUCCACGAGAAAUCAUAACUGAAGUGCUUAAAGCUCUGCAAGAGCUAAAUGUUUGCUGGAAGAAGAUUGGGCACUAUAACAUGAAGUGCAGGUGGAGUCCUGGCUUUGUUGAGACUAUGAUGCAUAACAACAAUGGCUUCGGUGUGGAAUCUGCUAUAAUUGAAGCUGAUGGCCUCAGUGACAAAUCAACCCACAUCGUGAAGUUUGAAAUUCAGCUCUACAAAACAAGGGAUGAGAAGUAUCUUCUCGACUUGCAAAGGGUCAGUGGACCACAGCUCCUGUUUCUGGACCUGUGUUCUGCCUUUCUAACCCAGCUGAGAGUCCUCUGAUCCUGAUGAAGAUGGUGACUUCCCAACUGCAAAGCCCCACAGCUUCCUGCGACGUGCGAAGUUACAGUCAAGGUGUACAUAACUAUCAUAAUCCUCCAGUAGAAUCUACUCCUGGGGUAUGUAGACGCUAGAGAACCACGUGGUUUUAUUUUGAUGGUUCAGGACUUAUUUACUAUAAAACCAGAGGUGGCGGGCUAGAGGCAUCCCUGUUCCUUCGUCCGCCCGCCACCAAUGGUGCUAUAUGACGCUUGUAGCCCUAUAUUUAGUCCUUGGACUUUUUCUGGCUUGGCAAUGUUCUUUACUAGUAGUAACAUAAUGCCAUCCUGAGAAUAACCUCUUGUUACAAUGGAAGUUGUGCUGUUGACAUGAA